AAUACACUUUCUAACUCACACACACACAUAGUGAGAGUGAGAGUGAGAGUGUACAAUGGAAGAUACACAAAAUAAUGCAGAAGAAGACUACAUAGAAUUGGAGGUAAUUAACUCAUCAAAUUCCACCAUUUCUUUAUUCCAUUUCAAAACAAACUCUCCACCACAAGCACCAAGAUCAUCAGAAUUUGAAUUCCAAAUGUUGUCUAGUAACUUUAUUGAUAGUAAAGACACUAAUACAUCAAUAUCUACAGCUGAUGAACUCUUUUACAAUGGAAAAAUCCUCCCACUUCACCUCCCUUUUCGUUUACAAAUGCUUGAGAAUAUCCUUCACAAUUCAACAAUAACAACAUACCCAAUAUAUUCCCACAAGUGGAAUUUGGGGAGGGUAGCGAAUACGCAGACCUUACCCCUACCUUAUGCAGGUAGAGAGGCUGUUUUCGAAAGACCCUCAGCUCGUGUAAGCAAUGUCCUUCACAAUUCAAGCAAAAAAAAAUCUCUUCAUAUUAGCAAAAGUUUUGAUGAUCUUGAACAAUCUUUUAACACCCCAUUUUUCCAAUCUUGUAAUGUUAGUUGUGAACUCAAUAAUCCAAAAGAUUACUUCUUUGGCUACUCAACAGAUGAUGAAAUUAUUUCAAGAAAAUCAAAGUGGAGUUCAAGAAAGCUUAGGCUUAUCAAGAACCUCUCAUUUGAUUCAAAAAUUAAGUCUUCAAAAGGUUAUCUCAAGUGUUUGAUUAAUAAUAUAGUAGCCAAGAAUGAAAUAUUUGGGAAAAUUAUUCAACAUAAAGGUGCAUUAAAUCAAAGAAAGUCAUCAUUUUCAGGAGCUAUUAAAAGAUUCUUGACAUCUAAAUCUUCUUCUUCUUGUGGCUCCUCAAACAAUUCAAAUGGGAAUAAUCAAGAUGUGCAUAAUUUGUUAAUGAGGAGAAGAAAUGUGUAUUAUUCAGAAGUUGAAGAUGAGAACCCAAUUCAGGCUGCAAUUGCUUACUGUAAAAAUUCUCAACGGGGAACAUAACCAAUGAAAAGUUGGGAUUGAAAUGUAACUGUUAUUGUCUGACUUGGUUAGCCAGCUGUCCUGCUAUUUGUUCAAUACAUUUUUUCAGAAUAAUAGAAAUAGUUUCUCUUCUUCCCUUCAUCUCUCUUUGUCGCUAACUCCUCUCACGGUAUUGUUAUGUCACAGACUGUUGAAUUCAUGGGUGCUUAGUUUUUUUCUUUUUGA